AUGAUCAGCGCUCAAGAUGUGGAGAAGCAGCCUCUGCUCGCUUCUCGUUCCCCUAUCAAGGGUGCCGACUGGGAUUCUGAUUUUCGAGGAAGCCAGCGUAGCAAUAUUAGGGAUAUGCUUCACUCAAAAAGCUUCGGCCUAUUGGCCAUCCUGUCUUUGACUUUGUUGGUUAUAUGUUUACCCAGCGCAUCAACCACCCCGCUUGAUUUUUCUGUUCGAGAUUUCGACGAUGUCGACGGGUCGACUCGAGAGAUUGGACCGGGAAAACUGGGCGCUGUUGCAACAGAGAAUUCCAUUUGUUCGCAGCAUGGAAUAGAGAUUCUGAAGAUGGGUGGCAAUGCUGCCGAUGCAUUGAUCGCAGCGCAGUUUUGUAUUGGAGUUAUCUCUAUGUACCAUAGUGGUAUCGGCGGGGGUGGCUUCAUGCUUGUACGCGCACCAAAUGGCUCUUAUGAGUUCAUCGACUUCCGUGAAACAGCCCCGGCGGCUGCCUUCCAGGACAUGUACAACAAUGACACUGACGCAUCCAUAUAUGGGGGUCUGGCAAGUGGCGUACCUGGCGAGAUCCGCGGCUUAGAACACCUUCACAAGAAUUACGGUUCUCUCCCUUGGUCGACGCUACUCCAACCUGCGAUCCGCACGGCACGCAAUGGGUUCCCCGUGACUCAAGAUCUGGUUAAAUACAUGGCCCUUGGUGUGGGCAGUGGAGAGGACUUCUUAUCUAAGGACCCCAACUGGGCUCUGGAUUUUGCUCCCAACGGAACUCGAUUGGGGUUGGGGGAUACCAUUACUCGAAAGCGCUAUGCGGAUACCCUUGAAGCCAUCGCUGAGAGAGGUCCAGAUGCGUUCUACACAGGUUCAAUCGCAGAGACCAUGAUCAAUGCGCUGCAGGCGGCAAACGGCACUAUGACCCUUGAAGAUUUGAAAAAUUAUACUGUGGCCAUCCGCAACGUCUCGCAGAUAGAUUAUCGCGGAUAUACCAUCACGAGCACAACCGCUCCUUCGAGUGGAAUUGUCGCUCUGAGCAUUCUCAAGAUCCUGAGCACUUACCAGGGUUUGUUCGCUUCGGAGAAGUCGGUCAAUCUCAGUACCCAUCGGAUGGAUGAGGCGAUGAGAUUCGGUUACGGCGAGCGGACUGAACUGGGUGAUCCAUCUUUCGUUGAUGGCAUGGAUGAAUAUCAACAAGAUAUGCUGAAGCAGUCGACUAUCAAUAGUAUUCGGGGAAAGAUUUCCGAUACUCACACACUCAACGUGUCCGCAUAUGACCCGUCAGGACUGGAAAGCUUGGAUACACCAGGAACGUCUCAUCUCGCGGCUGCAGACCAUACCGGACUCGCCAUCUCUGUUAUCACUACCAUCAACCUGUAUUUUGGAAGCCAAGUGAUGGUCCCCGAGACCGGUAUCAUCAUGAAUGACGAAAUGAACGAUUUCUCGAUCCCCGGCUCUUCGAAUGCGUUUGGAUAUAUACCUUCCGAAGCCAAUUAUAUUCGGCCUGGCAAGCGCCCUCUGUCAUCUAUUACUCCUACGAUCGUCACUCGCCCAGAUGGCAAACUUUUCUUGGUCGCCGGCUCCGCGGGAGGCAGUCGAAUCAUCACAGCCACCGUCCAAAACAUCAUCCAUACGAUCGACCAAAAGCUAUCGGCCGCGGAGGCGCUUGCAAAGCCCCGUCUGCACGAUCAGCUGGUUCCGAAUCAAGUCAGCUUCGAGUAUACCUAUGAUAAUACGACGGUGGCUUUCAUGGAGAGCCUUGGGCACAACGUGACCUGGGUCGCUCCGGGUCAGAGCACAGCACAACUGAUUCGCGUUUUGCCCAACGGCACUUUUGAUGCAGCUGGCGAACCGCGGCAGCUCAAUUCUGCAGGCUUUUCUAUAUAG